UCCAAGCAAGAUGGCGGCGCCCAGGGCGUCCCUGCACCUGCUGGCCCCAGUAUGGAAAGGGGGUACCAGGGGCAUCCGGGGCCUGAGCAGAGUGUUGGCCCCAGAGGGCAAUCAGAAGGGGAGGUCGCUGCUCCAGUUCCUGGCUGACCGCUUCUAUGACGUGGAGGCUCUCAGGGACUACCUGCUCCGAAAGCAGGUGUUGAAGGUGAACCAGAAAAAUCGGCCCUUCAACUACAUCGAGCAGCGAUAUGGUCCCUACGUCGCGGGCGCCUAUUUCAUCCUGAAGCAGGGCGGCGCGGUCAGGUUUCAGGGCAAGGAGUGGAUCCGGCCAAAUCAGCGCGGCCACUUCUCUCUGGACUUCUUGAAGUUGCAGGCGGUGCCUGUAGAGGCGGUCGAUGCCAGCGGCUGCGCCAUCAACUACCAAGGCCUGGACAGCCUCCUGCCCCUGAAGGAGCUCCAGUCCCUGUGGCUGCAGCGCUGUCCCCACGUGGAUGACUGGUGUCUCAGCCGCCUCCACCCGUUGGCCAGCUCGUUGCAGGAGCUCUCGCUGGCCGGCUGUCCCCGAGUCUCCGAACGGGGCCUCGCCUGUCUCCACCACCUCUGGAACCUCCGCAGGCUGGACAUCUCGGACCUCCCUGCCGUUUCCAACCCGGGCCUCACUCGGAUCCUGGUGGAAGAGAUGCUUCCUAGCUGCGAGGUGCUGGGGGCUGACUGGGCCCAGGGCCUCAAGCUGGCGCCGGAGGCGCAGUCUCAGGACACAGCCAGCCCGGUGCCUGCCUAGCCCUCGGCCCGCCGCCGGCACGCUGGAUCUCGGCAGGGCCUUGUGGAGUGUCCGAUGGUUCUCCGUACUUCCGGCUUCCGUCGGGCUCACUCGGCGUGGGGGUUGGGGUGGGAUGAGGGGUGUGGCACCGGCAGGUCAGUGGGGAGAGCGGGAGUUUGGGGUACCUCUUCCCCACCUCGGGCUGGGGCUGGCUGUGGCCUGGGCGGAACGGUCACAGCUCGUGUCUCCUGUCAGGCAGCUCUCUCCACAGGCUCCUCUCCUGGGUUCCAGCAGUCGCCUCCCCCUGCCUCUUCAGGCCUGGGGGGACGGUCAGCAGCCAGGAGCUGUGCUCCCCCCCGCGGUUUCCCCACACCUACCCACUGGCAUGCAGGGAACUCUGCUCUUGUGUCCAGACUUUUCUCCGAGCGUGCUGCUGCUUCCUACGGGGACCCUGGCUGACACAGGGGCGCUAUUGGCACGUUGUGGGGACGGUUCUUCCAUGUGUGACGCUGCCCAGCUCCCUGCAGGCUGCAGCAGCCCGGGCCUACGCUCACCGGAUGCCGGUAGCGCCCCAAGUCCCACCGUGUUCCCGCUAAACCGACCUGGGCCUUUGAGAGCCCCUUCCUUUGCUAAGUGCGUGCAAAGGUCUGUCAGUAGAGGGCGCCCGAGAGAUUCCAGGAGAGAAGGCUUUUGCUUCCUGGUUCCUGACCAGUGCGCUCACUGCGGGGUGGGCUCCCUGAGUGCCCAGCGGUCACCAGCUUCCCCUAACACCCCCACCCACCCACCCAGGCGGCUUCAGAACUGUGUCUCCACGGAGGCGCCUCCCUGUGAAGGACUCUCCACCAAACCCCCGCCGGGGAAGCUUCCAGUAAAUGCCCAGGCACCUUACGAGCCCGGUUAUUUCGGUUUGCCGCGCAAGUCAAUCAUUCUUUAUAUUAAACUUCGCCAUGGGGCGCCUGGGUGGC